CUGUGAAGCUAUCUUAACCUUUAUAUUACCCAUUAACCUGUGAGCUUUCUCGCUAAUUGUUUCAGUGUGUCUGACGCAGUCUUUUGAUGAUUAUAACUUGUUUUUGGAACUAUCCUCCUGUGUGCAAAACCUCCUGUGUAAUACUGCUUGCUGGCGAAUAAAUUGCGCUUUGAUUCAUCAUCAUGCUUUAUUAUCAAUUACUCCAAAUCCACUAAACCGUAGAAUGCAACAAGAUCUAAUUAAGAAAAAGGGAAAAGAAUAUACAAAAUCUCGUUGACGCUGCAAAGCAAGCUUGGGUGAACAAUGAUACUGAAACGAUUAAAGGAAUUUUAAGGCAAGAUUCCCAUGCGGAUUACAUCUUCCCUUCGGUGAUAGAUGUCGUAGCAAGUAUCUACUCGGGAUCUAUUCUUGCAAGUGAAUGCUACUCUACCAGCUACAGAAUUUCCAGAAAUCGGCAUUCCUUGGUAUUGGAUAGCAAAUUAUGAUGACGCUUUGAGCAACAUUCUGCUUCAUCGGGCAGCCGAGCUUUCUGAUUACGAGUUAAUCAAAUUGCUUCUAGAAAAGGGAGCCGAUGUUACCAGCACAGACCAACUCAAGAGAACAGCUCUACAUAUUGCUUGCAUGACUGCAUCUUUAGAAGUUAUAAAGUUCCUGACUGAGAAGUCGCCGCCAUAUAUUCUUGAUCUUCCUGAUUACUAUCAAGAUACGCCUUUCAACAUUGCUUGUUGUUAUAAAUGCCCAGAGGUUGUUCAGUUUCUCUUGUCACAAGGCAGUGUUGUUGCAAAAAACAUCGAAAGAUUUUCUCUACUGGAUGUACUCUUAAACGUCGCAGAAAAUAUGAUACCAAUUGCAUCUCUACAUUUAGACGCUGGUGCAAACAUAAACCUUGCCCAUUGUCAGCAUGGAACACUACUGAUGAUUGCUAUAGUAAGACAUAUGAAUAUUCAACGUGCUGCAAAUUCCCUUAAAAAUGAAAAUUCUCCAUAUGUAGAUUUGGGUAUCCUGUUGAUAGACCGUGGAUGUGAUGUUAAUGCUGCUAAUUAUGUUGGUGAUACUGCUCUGCAUUUAACUGUCCGGGCAGAGCUUGAAACUGUGGUUCGGAAAAUUCUUAUUGUUGGAAGUGACAUCGACAGAUGUAACAAUUUUGGUGAUACUCCAGUGCACUAUGCAUGUAAGUAUGGAAACCAGAGAUUGCUUGAUUUACUCAUCAUUUCUGGCGCUAAUUUACGGGCCCUAGAUAGGGAAAUAACUUUAGAACGAUGGAGAAGAGGGCAAGAAUUAAAUGAGAAAAAUACUCAUCUAUUAAGUUAUGCUAUUGGUAAAUCAAAGCAGUGUCUUAGUUUAGAAAACUUCUGCAUUAUAACCAUUAGAAAAAAUAUUAGAAAUGUUGAAAACUAUGCCACUAAACUCGGAUUACCACCAUUACUCAUGACACGCCUGCAACUUAAGGAUUAAUGGAAAUAUGAAACUUAUCGGCAUAUAUAUGAAAGGAAAUUUUCAUGAGAUUGGACUUAUUACGUCAUUUCUAAUUUUGUAGAAAUUUCCGAACUUUAAAAAUUUAAUAAAAAGAGGAA